CGGGCAAGUGUAAGGAGAACAUACUACAACAUUUUCAUCAGUACAACUAUAAAAGAUUGUGUUCUCUGGCUUGCAUGAUGGGGCAUGCAAAUUUUACAAGAGUUUAAGUCAACUGUGAAAACUUCCUUUUCUUAAUCUUAUUCUUACUGUAGGAGGGAUGCUGUGUGCUACAAAUUGCUUUAAGUGGAUCAUCUGAGAUAUCAAGCUUUAGUGCCACACAAAAAUGAAUGCUCAGACAGUCGGGUGGUUGGUAUUUCUGGCAGUAAUAAAAAAUUUUACUUGUGACCAACAAGUCCUCUUCAAACUCGAAGCCACUCACCUGACAGCUAAAGAGGGGUCCUGCAUUGAAAUCAAAUGCAGAGUCAAUUGUAGGGUUGAUGCUGUUGGUGCAUACUUGUUUUGGAUAAAGGAUGGACAGUGGGAUGCAACAGUUUUGACUGGCACUGUCAUUUACAGCACGAAUAUCACAGAACGUCCUGUCAGUACAGACUUUGCAGACAGAGUGAAAUAUAUCGGUUCUCUAUCUUCAAGUUGGAACAGUUAUCUUGAAACCUUACAAAAGUGCAGUAUUUCAAUCUGUGAUCUGAAAAAAACUGACAAUGGAGACUAUGCUUUCAGAUUUGUUGGAAAACUAAAAUGGAUUACCAAACCAGUGAGGCUAGAAGUUAAAGAGAAUCCGUGCCUGAUCACUUUUGAGAAACCGCCUGUCGUAAACGAAUCUGACACUAUAAACCUCACAUGCUCCACUUUGAGUUCGUGUCCUUCAAGCCCAAAGAUUGGAGGUUUGACACAACUGUCUCCAACUCCGCUCCCAGCGCCUCAACAAAUUAAUGGAAAGCAGAACUGCGCCACAGUCAGUUUUACUGUCAACUGGCAGGAUGAUGGGAAGGAGUUUUCAUGCCAGACAGAUGCCACAGACAAGAAUUUGAUUCGCUAUAUCAGUUUAACUGUUGAAUAUGCUCCCAAAGACACAUCGGCUAAAAUAAGCCCUGAAAACGUUGUGGAAGGACGAACUGUGGCUCUCACUUGCUCCGCCAAAGGACGUCCAGAACCAAACUUCACAUGGUUCAAAAAUAAAAAGGAUGUAAUUGGAACAGAGGCAGUAUUGGAGAUCACAUCAAUUACAGAGUCACAGAAUGGCGAAUACCAUUGUGAAGCUAAAAACAAAUGGGGAACAAUACAAUCAAAACCAGUCAAUAUUAAUGUUAAAUAUGUUCCUGAAGUUGAGUUGAAGUCACCUUCCAUAUUUAGACAAGGAGAUAUAAUGACUUUGACAUGUAAUGUGAAGAGAAGCAACCCACAACCUCACACCUACGAUUGGUUAAAAGAUGGGAAAGCUGUUGCUCAGAAGCAGACACAUGAGUCGUAUGUUGUUGAGGGGAUCGAGCCCGAGGACAGAGGCUCCUACACAUGUACAGCCACUAACACUGUGGGAAAUGGAACAUCAGUGCCAUUGGAAAUUGAAGUUAAAUACGGCCCGAGGCAGACAACAAUUUCCACCAGUAAAAAUGAUAAAAGUGUGGGAGUUGGUAAAUCUCUUACAUUAUAUUGUAACACUGAGGCCAAUCCUGCCCCGUUUAGGUACUCCUGGUACCGACACAACAACAACAACAAACAGAUUGACUCCUCACAGUGGAAGUCCAAGACAACUACAAAAAAAGAACUACGCUUGGACACAGUAAAAAGAACAGAUGAUGCUUGUUACAGGUGCAAUGCAACCAACAGCAUCAAUACAGGGGACGAUAGUGAGCUAGUGUGCAUAAAUGUACUCUAUCCUCCCACCAAGCUCACGCUGUCUAUGGAUACUGAGGUCAGGGAGGGUCAGCUCAUCACCAUCAGAUGCACUGUUGAAAGCUUCCCACUCUCGAUGCUUAUUUUUAAACGGACUUCUGAAUCAAAUCCUCAGUCUUCACAAUUCCAUGUCACUCACCCUUAUGCAGAUGGGUCUCCCAACACUCUCCAGCAUGCAUUUAAUGUAACUUCAACCCACACAGGCUUUUACACCUGUGACGCCACAAACGGGGAAGGUUCAAAGACAAGCGAGCGGAAGAAGUUGGUGGUGAAUUAUUGUCCCAAAGACGUGACCGUAAAAGCUCAGCCUGCCCUCGUUGUGGAUGAGAACAAGUCGUUGACUCUAGAUUGCAGCGCUCGGUCCUACCCACCCGUGACCUCUGUCACCUGGAUGAAGGUGACUGAUGGCAAGAGUAAAAUCCUCCAGAGGACUCAGACCUUCACUCUAAACUCUGUCAGUCCUUCCGACAGCGGACUGUACAGCUGUGAAGCCAGUAAUGACAUUGGAACUGGAAACUCGAAGCAAACUGAGGUUAAAGUCAAGUAUGCUCCAAAGCACACAAAGAUCACAACAGUAGCAGAGCAUCAGAAUCCUGACGGGACACGUUCUGUGACGCUGAGCUGCAGCAGUCAGAGCUAUCCCCAAGUCGCACAAUAUUCAUGGCAUAAGAUGAAGACUGAGGAAAGGGAUGAAAAGGUGUCUGACCAACAGAACUACAUAGUGUAUUCAGACCAACCGGGAGUCUACUACUGCAUCACAAAGAAUGAAAUGGGUCAAAGAUCGUCUGACCCAGUCCGUCUGUUUGACCGAAACGUAAGGAAGACCCUGCUCAUCAUCCUUUUUGUUAUUAUUCUGCUCAUUUUCUCGAUUGUCAUUGUCUACAGACACAAGAAGAAGAGAUUAGAGCAACAAGGAACUACGAACACACUGCCCUGUUUUGGUUUUCUGGGUUGGUGGAAUGGCGCCGGGAGGAGGAAUCGGAUGAGCAACCCCGGUAUGGUAGAGCCUUUCAGGAGCAGAGAUGACCUCUUGCCAGACCAGACGCACCGUCCCAAUGCCCAACGAUGCCAGCCUCGUCCAGACAGCACGCCUGCAUCCAACAUCAACAGUGUUUACAGUACUGUGAAUCUGCCCUCCGGACAACAAGGUCGUCCUGCACAAAAAAUAAUCAGACAGCAAGGUGGACACACACAGGACGAUUCUCUCAACUACGCUUCUUUACACUUUGGAAAUAAGCAAAAAAACAAAGUUCUUCUUCCGGCAAACGUGGAAGAUGUGUAUGCGAAGGUGUCCAAGAAAAAGCCACCAACAAAGAAUGAAGACAGACCGGACUACGAGAACGCCAGCGCAGCCAGAGCUCCAAAUCCAAUAGACUAUGACACAGACACCAGUGAGGAUGAAGUACAGGUCAAUUAUUCACAGGUGAGCUUCAAGGUCAAGCCUGGACAUCAGCGAGUCGUCAGAGACUCCAGCAGCUCUGAUGAAGAUGAGACACAGUACUCUGAGGUCAAAAUUUGAGAUAGUUGAGAUACUCUUACCAAACUUUAGAGGUACAGCCAAUCGAUGAAUAAGGGUUGUAUCACUCUACUCUGAUGUUUUGUAAGUGACCAAUGCAUGGAUAAAUGAACAUAUUUGUAAAGUGUAUUGAUAUUACUAUGACAUUUGUGAACAGUACAAGAUGACAUGGCUUUAAUGUUGUAAUGUUAUGCAGCAGUUCCCUUACUGAGGCUUGUUUCCAAAAUAUGCAUUCGGAAACAAUGCGCCACGUGCAUAAUGCCCCAUUUCAUAACAGGCUUUGAAUUCAGCUCUUGUAUAACUGCCAACUUAAUAGCUUCGUCUUUUUAUAAACAAGCUCAAACAUAUUUAUGUAUUUUAAGAGAAAACAAAUGCAAAAUGAUUAAUAAAAAAAAAGUGUGACAUACUCUGACAUCUUCACUCUGCACAAAGGUUUUAAAUAAAUCAACAGAACUGUGAGACACAAGUUACAAUUAGAAUAUUGGAUACAAACGGUAACAUGAUAAACGUGGCAGCAUUUAUCUGUAGUGUUGAAUCACACAGAAGAAUAAAGGUCAGAAGUUUAAAGGAAACAUUUACUGUUAUGGUUGAUUGUGGGGUAACUACCUACUAUAUGGAUUUCAUUUCAUGGUGAGAGCGAAACUUGAAGCCACAAGUGUGUGACAUUACUCACGUUAAAUAAGGUUGUCUGCAGUAGUUUCUACCUCCACUGCUGCAGACCGAGCUCUCCUGACAUGGUAAAGUCCUGUAGCUGUUUGAAGUCCAGACUUCUUUGUUUCGGAUAUCAUUUCCUUUAAAGUUAAGCCAUAACUCUUUCACUGACCUAUCCUAUGAGACCAUCAGUGUCUUUCCCUUUUCCCAAAUAGGCGUCAGCGACUGUCUCUUCUUCCUUUGCGUCUCCUUCAUUGCUUCCUCUGGAGUGCAGACGGAUCUCAGCAUACUCGGCCGUCUUGGAGGCCAGGCCUCUGAUCUCGCCUUCCCCAAGCGUACCCUCUGACAUAGCCUGGAGUUUAGCAAAGUCCACAUUGGUGUAGUGAACAGUAUCUUCCGCAACUAUUCCUUCCUCUUCCAGAGUGGCUUUAUUGUCAUAAAUCACAUCCACUUUUGAUGAGUUGGUCUACAAGAAAACAAGAGAUGUACUUUAGUAAUGGAGAGGAGAAGAGAUAGUAAUUCUCUUUACUUCGCCCAAUUAGAUUGCAUAACCUCCAUUUAAACCAACAUUUUAUCUUUAUAUCUUUUAAGUAAGACUGAACAAUACGCCCGAGAGUCGGCUAGAUUUUGUUCACAGUACACAAAAAAAAAUUCUAUAUCAUAGAGUUUGAAACAAUUCUUAAUUAGUUUAGUACCGGCAACCAGUUCAGCAUCAGAGAGAAAAAAAGUGUGUCAAGCUAUCAAUCAGCAAAAACAGUAUUUGGAAGAUGCAAAGUAUAUGGAGGGAGAAGAGGAUGCUGCAGUUCUACACUCAUCUUUGCAAAUGUAGUGUGACUGACAUGAAUUCAAGUUCACCACAGCUGGUAAUUUAAUUUGAUUUAAUUCUAUGGCAUGAUGAUUUGACUUUUUUUAAUGGCAUCCUAUACUAUGACGUUUUUUAGGAAAUACUAUAUUAGGAUUUGGUUUACUAGAAUAGUUUUUUUUAUGGCAUACUACACAUGACAUUAAUGCAAUACUAUACGAUGACAUUUUUCUGACAUACUAUAUUUUGCCGUUUUGAUAUUUGUCUGACAUACUAUACUGAAAUGUUUGACUGUUACUUUAAAUGUUGUGGAUGUGUGAAGGUUCCUGUUUUCAUGCAUCUGUAUGUUUUCACCAAAAUGAAAAUGUAAGACAUAAACUCACCCCGUUAGCAACUAAAACGUCGGAAGUGUCCACUAAUCCCUUUUUUGGUGAAAGGCUUCUUUUCCUUUUCCUACAACCAACACAAAAAAGCAAUAGUUUAUGUGCAGUAUUUUACAAGUCUCCUAUUUAUUUAAUGGUUGUAUUUAGCAAUGUUCUGUGGUUGCUCACUGAAAUCGCUCACAUCGCUGACGACAACCUCAAAAUGCAUUUGUCUCAUUUUGAAACCAGUUUCCAAAAUGUCCUGUUAACAGUAAAGCAUUAAGGGUGUUAGCUGCUCUCUUUUCAGUUGUGUUUUCAUGUUUCUCACCUGCAAAAGAAUAGCAACAGUGGGACACACACCAGCAGCAUCCCCAGGGCUCCCGCUGAAGAGCCGAUUAAUAGAGACAAAGCAUGGAGGCCUGAAAAGUCCCCACAAACCAUAUCAGUCAGUAAAACCAGAGAGCGCCAGAUCAUACAAAAGAAAUGCCAAAUAUAAAUGCAACAUCGUGCAGAUUCCUCUACCUAGCUGAGUUUCGCUGGAGGACACGUUGAAUACGAAACUGUGGGAGCCCAGUGAGUUGAUGCUGAGGCAGGCUAGAGAGGGCAUGCCUUCGUCCAGAUGGUACAGGGUGAUUAGGCUCCUCCUACCAACACUCCCAAGAGGAACUUCCUU